UCGGCUUCACCACCACCACCAUCAUCAAUAGCAGCAGCAACAACAUCAACAACAUCAUCAGAACCUUUGUUCUCGUCACGACGCCUGCUGCAGUUGCCCAGUUGCUGAUUCUGCUGUUGCCACUCGCUCCUGGAGGGACUUAAAGAAGCCGAUUGGACUGCACGGGCCGCAACAUCAACAUCCUGGGUCCAUCACCCGGACCUCCCUACCUCCUCAUCCACCUCCUCUGCUUCAUCAUCAUCACCACACCACCUCAUCUUGUAAUCUUCUCUCUCCAGGUCAUAGCCUUCUGCUUCCCCUUGCUGAGCUCUCCCAGUUGCUCCGCUGCAUCUUUCUCCCUCCACUCACCCACAACUUCUCUCUCCGUCACCUCGUCUACAUCAUCAUCAUCAUCGUUCUUUCACCAUCCCCUUGUCCUCAGUCGUCCCCACCUGCAGCUCCUGCAGUGUUGCUAAAAUCUCCCUGGUUUCUCAGCGCCACUUCCACCAACAUAAACAACAAACACAAACUUCAUAAACUUCGCUCCGAUUCCCGCCGUCAGCCUCUUUAACCUCCUCUAUUCUGCUCAAUCUCUUCACCACCUCGUGCCUUUACAAUCACUGCCACUUCUCUCUCCCCUCGACAAGGCAACUCACCACUUUAGUGAUCCCCACCACCUCCUCCUCCAUCCAUCUCGUCCUCAUCCCAACUCCUCGACCGCCUCAUCGCGUGGAGCUCCGCAGUGAAGGUGACGAGGAGUGGCGUUGAGGCCUGCGUGGGAGAUGUCCCUGCACCCGGAGUCUGACUACACUCGCUCCAGCCACGCCGUGGGCCGCAGAGGAAGAUGAGAGACCUGGGCCCUGAUUGGAUUAGUGUCACCAUCGCGUCCGUCCCCGCAAUGUGACCCACUCCAUCGCAGCACGGGAACGGGGGGGAGAGAAGACCCCAAAUACGCACAGAGACACGCUCACAAGUGGGAAGACGGAUAUAUAUCGAAGUCCCUCCAAAUACAAUGCACGUUUGGUUGGCGGUAAGGCCUGACAACCUACAUUAAAAUAGAGCGAUAGUUUAAUACAUUUUGCCGUGUUAUUUUUCGACAGUGAAAUACUACAAGUGGAAAUUUACGAGACUCACUCAAGCUUUCAUGUCUCAGGGACUCGACGUUUGAUUUUGCCAUUGAUCCGGAGCAACGGCAGUGUCGACAAAACCGCCCCCGACGCGAUUAUUCCUCUUGCACAUUCCUGAUGACGCUGUGCCCACACCCCCCCCCACCCCCUAUCACCGUAGCCGUUUAGUUCCUCCCAUGCGUUUUAUUUAUUUGACCUGAGCCAAAUUGCGGUUACCGCGGCUGGGAUCGCGCGCGAGAGAAAUGGAGGAGCACUCGCGGGAUGGCGGGAAGCCUCCAGGCGCCCCACACUCGCACCUGUAUGGCAGCGCGUUCGCCGUCGACGCCGCCAACGCUGCCGGCGUCGCCACCGAAGCGCAAGUGGCGGGCGCGGCGGUCGGAGUGUCGGGUCCCGCGGGCAAGCAGCCAUCGGCCCUCCAACCAGCGCUGCUGCCGCCACACCGAGGCACUGAUAUAGACCCGCCGCCACGACCGGCGAGCCUCCCGCACACCGUCAACCACGGGAGCCAGGCAGUGGCGCCAGCGGACACCGGCAUGUCGCUGGGCGAGUGGCCCAACAGCGUGGGCGCCUACGUGGGCUACGUGGGCAUGCAGUACGGCGGAUAUGGUGUGGAGCAGCAGGGCACUGUGCAUGAGCGGCAGCAGCAGCAACCACAACAACAGCAGCCACAAAAGCAGCAGCAGGUGCAGCAACAGCAGCAGCAACAGCAGCAACAACAGCAGCAGCAGCAGAGGGCAGCAUCUGGAGCCUUGCAUGACUUGAACUCCUUCACGCAGACAUUUGCGCAGAGAUUGCAACCGCCACCCUCUCAAGUGCAGCAGCAGCAACAAGCCACCCUCCAGGGAAGCACUCUGAGACACCUGUUGGUGGUAAAACCUGAACAGUCCACACAAGUGAGCACUCACCAGCAACAGCAGCAAAUUCAGAUGGAGAUGCAGCAGCGGCAACGGCAGCAGCAACAAAUGCAGCAACAAAUGCAGCAGCAGGAGCAGCAGCAGCAGCAACAGCAGCAGCAACAACGUUUACAAGAGCAAAUGCAGCAGCAACAACAUCUGGCCGGGAUGUUUCUGCUACAACAGCAGUUGAGGAACAAUAACUUGCAAGUGCAACAGACUGCUGACAUGCAGCCACAGCUGCAGUCGCAUGCCAUGCAACAGCAGCAGCAACAGCAGCAGCAACAACAACAAGGCAUGCCUAUGUCGCAACAGCAGUUGCAUCAGCUACAACUGCAACAGCAAUUUAAGCAUAACCCGAUGAACCAAAAAAAUCCGUACCAAAUUCAGUUAAUGCAGCAGCAACAGAUGCAACUACAGCUACAGCAGCAGCAGCAUCUGCAGCAGCAACAGCAGCUGCAACAACAGCAGCUACAGCAACAACUGCAGCAGCAAGAGCAGCAACAGCAUUUGCAGUUGCAGCACGGCGGCAACAGACUGGCGCAGCUGACUGAUGGAACGCAGCAGGUGGUGCUCGCAGGGGCCACAGCAGCAGCAGCUUUGGCGCAGCAGCAGGCACGGGAACAGCAGCAGGCAGCGGUGGAGGUGAUCGGAGCUGGCCUUCCUGUUGGAAUGGCUGCACUGGGGCCCCAGCCACCAACGCACAGCAGCGAGAAACGGCCGGUACCAGCGAGUAUGCAGGCAGACAAGCCAGCAAGUGAGCCAUGCCCACCAGAGCUAUCCCAACAUGCCUUGGAGCACUCAAUGACCACUCCGUUGUCGGGAGGCCUGGAUGCCGACGUUCGAUCUGAGGACGUACCCUAUUUCCGGGACCCGGACGAGCAGCAGAGCGAUCCGGCACCGUUCGUCAUGCCCGUGUCGGUGCCCGUGUCGUCGGUGCCUGUGCGCCCGCUGUCCGGCGAGGGCGUUGCGCCGGAUGACCGCAUGCCUGUGCUGAAGCGUGUCUCCGAGGCGGGUCCUGCCAAGACUCCGCCGCCUCCCACGCUCGCCCCGCCGACCCUGCCGGCCGUGACGCCGCCCACGGUCCUCGCGGACACGCCGCACCGUCCAUCGUCGCGGCAAGAGGUCACACGCAAGCACUCUGUGCCGGGCAAGUGGAAGUACCGGCAUCGCCCCGACCCGCUCAUCAUCCCUCCUCCGGGAACCCUGCCGGUGUCGCAGUCCUACCCGGGUGCCACACUCUACCAGAGCCAGCUGCGAUCGCCACGCGCGCUGGCGGCCGAUGCCGCGGUGCCGCCCUACACACCGCCGCCCAUGCUGAGCCCCAUCCGCCACGGCACGGGCCUCUACUUCAGCACGGUGCUGUCAGCGGCCGGGGCUCCGCCCAGCGGCGCCGCCACGCCAGCGUUCACCACGCCGCGCACGCUGCUCAACCGCACCGUGAGUGCAGAGACGAGCAGUGCGGUCACAUCUGCAGGGGAAGAGUUGCAGAUUGAGCCUCAUAUAAACAUCGGGCCCGCGUUCCAGGCCGACAUCCCCCAUCUGCGUGAUAAGCGGCUCGUGGAGAAGGACAAGCACCCCGCCCACAUGGUGUGGCAGCCGUGGCCCGAUCUCGCCAAGCCCGACACGAUGGCCGAAGUGGAGCAGGUGCUGAACCUCGCGUGCUCCAGCGCCCUGCCAGGUGGUGGCACCAAUCGCGAGCUGGCGCUGCACUGCCUGCACCGCAGCCAUGGAGAUGUCAUGGCUGCAAUGGAACUUCUCCUGCUGCGCGGCCCCACUCUGCCUCCCUCUGACCCCCUCUCCAACUACCACUACGCUGGGUCGGACAACUGGACGCCGCUGGAGAAGAAGCUCUUUUACAAGGCAAUCGCUGCUCACAACAAGGACUUCAUCCUGGUGCACAAGAAGAUUAAGAACAAGACGGUGGCACAGUGCGUCGAGUACUACUACACCUGGAAGAAGGUGAUCAAGUUCCGACGACACCACACGCGGUUCUGCGGCAUGCGCCCCGGCGACAUGGAGGAGCUGGAGAGCAGCGGCUACGACCUUGGGCGGUCCUCGUCCCCCUCUCCGUCGCUAUCGUCUCCCACGUCGUCGUCGUCGGUGAUGGAAGAGGAGGAGGAGGAAGGGGAGGUGAUGGCUUCGCACCGGGGCUCUCGGACUGCGGUGGCCGCAAACCCUCUGCCGCCGCCCCCCCCUCCUGCCGCUGCCGCCACGACGUUCACGUGCGACGUGCCACGCUGUGGGGCGAUCUUUCCAUCCAAGCAGGCGCUCAACGGCCACGCCCGUGUGCACGGCGGCAUCGACCUGGCGUUCCGCACCGGCCUCGCCAAACCCGGGCCGCCCGCCAUACCGCCACCCCCUCCCUUCCGUGGGCCCCCAGUACGGCUGCCCAACCCAGCGCCACCGCAGCCGCCGGCCCCGGCAGAACGGGCCCAGCACCCCACGGCCGUGCCCCCCUCCAACACCGCGCCCCCCUCGGCGGCGGCGCAGCCCCGGCUAUCCCCCGUACACGCGGCCACGCACCUUGGUGGGCCCAGGCUACCGACCUUGACGCAGCAGCACCAGCAGCACCAGCAGCAGCACCAGCAGCAGCAGCAGCACCAGCAGCAGCACCAGCAGCACCAGCAGCACCAGCAGCAGCACCAGCAGCAGAAGCAGCAGCAGAAGCAGCACGUGGCGAUGACGGUGACGGUGAGGGCUCCCCGGCCUCCCGCGCCGUCCGUCGCGUACACGGGGCCUCGCACCAAGACCUCGUCGUCGAACCGCACCAAGGCGUCGAUGGCCGUGUGUCACUACGACGAGGACGGCACGGAGAUCUUCCCCUGCAAGGAGUGCGGCAAGGUGUUCACUAAGGUGAAGAGCCGCAACGCGCACAUGAAGUCGCACCGCCAGCAGGAGGAGCAGCAGCGACAGGCGGCUCGCAAGGCGACGGCCACCGCGCAGGCAGCGGCGGCGGCGGCAGCAACAGCAGCCCACCCACCGUCUUCGGCAAGCAGCGUGCACGCCGGCAACGCUCAUCCGCCUGCCGAAUUCAGAAACAUUGGCACGAUCGCAGCAACGGCAGCAGCUGCCGCGGUCAGAGUUGCCUCUGUGCAGCCCCCGUUGCAGCAGCGGCCGCCUCCGUCACUCGCGAGCGUCCACGCGCCAAACGCUCGGCCACACAACGCCACCGCCAACUCGUGCGCCAACGCGCACACGGCCGCCCCCGUACCCCCCUACUUGGGUGGAGCCGGCGGCGGCAAGAACAGCAGCGGCGCGAUAGAUGGCGUUGGUAACGCGCGCAUCGACGGUGGUGGCGUCGUCGUCGGCACCCAGCAGCAGGCUUCGAUUGCCUUGGUGCCGAGUGCGCAGGGAGGAGCCGCUGUUCACCCGGACACGUGGUGUGACGAAGAGAUAGACAUGGUCUUCAUCGACUCCGACCUCGUCAUCGACGAGCAAAUGUGAGGCCGCGGGAAUUAACGAACAAGCGCUGGAGGUGCGUGUGGACGAGCGCCGACAGGGAGAAUGGGACAGAUGGGGUUCAGGAGAUGGGCAGAUCUGAGUAAGUUUGUUUGUGAAUAAACAGCAUGGGCAAUGUGGACGCUUCUCUCUGCUGUUGCCAACUUUACCCCUCUUACCCUGUGCACCAUUCUGCCAGCACCUCGUGAAACGUAUCGGCCUCGUGGCGGUUGUGUCGGAGUGAUCAGUGCAUUCUUCUCCAUAUUCACUUAGUGCUUCCCCAACCACAGGCCUGUUGGAGCAAUAUGAAGCGUGGGCAAUUACACAGUGCUUUAUUUACCUGGGCUAAACAUUGAUGUGCCAUCCAGCAAGGCCUGCCUCCAGCCAUCUACUUUAACUCCGUGUUGAACGCACACACUGUCUAUGUCCAGUACCCAUUAGGUCAUUUAGUUUGCAAAGUGUCAGUGUUCGCACACUGAAAGGUUCGUUGAGGUGGGACCCACCACCCAUCCUAUUGGCAGUCCUGAGCCAGUGCGAGAAGUUCCAUGUCCUUGUGGCUGUGGAUAAUCUCAAUGUAGAACAGCUGCUUUUUGCUGACUUCCCACAAAGUGUUACUCGUUUUAUGGACCCAGGGUGAUGUUGACGGUGUUCGGAGUCAAACCUGUCAAACCUGAUCUCAACUAGCGUCACUAUAACUGCGAGUGGAACACUCGAACCGCCACGCCAUGCAGCCAGGGAAAGCGGUUUAAAGUUACCACCGCGUCGCCCUGCACAAGUCAGUGGUGGAGCUGCACUCAUGUUCAUUGGUGCCCCAGGGCCAGUAGUCGAAUUUUUUUACAUUCCUACAAAAGCAUCAAACAAGCCCCCCAAGGGAGGAAAUACACCUGGUCAGAUGGAACGAUCAGCAUGCAUAUGCUCAUUGGGACAACGUCCUCCAGCAGUGGAGAGGAUAUGUUAUCUCUCUCCCCUGGUAUGCAGGAGGUCGUGGGUUCGAUCCCGACCCUGACGAUGCCUAUACAUUUUGGAGUUUGCGUGUUCUCUCCCCAUGGUCGUGUGGAUUUUUCUCCGGGUUCCUCCGGUUUUGCCCUCCACUUUUAGAAACAUGCGUUUAGAUUAUUUGGCUGCUACUAUAAAUUCCCACAUGAAAAGCCACGUCGAUAAGCUAUCAUGUGUGGCUAGGUCGUCAUUGAAAAAUAACUAAUAGCUCUGGGCUUCACCUGGUAAAUAACAUUCUAAAAAAGAAAGCAGUAUAUUCACAAAGGGCUUAAUAGUCUCAUUUAUCUAAGAUACGGAAGCCAGCUUCAUCUCGGAACAUAUAAUUUCUCCUCACAUCUGGCUUUCCACGUCCGUGUUUUCAGCAAAGGAUAAGCACCAAUGACCUCCCACAAAGUGGUGUUAAUUCCUUCACCGUGGAGAGAUGAACGGUUGAGUUGACCCCCAACCCUUCACACCUCCCCUUCUCUCCGACUUGCUGCCUGAGCUCGCCUCCUCCGACUCCCCUCUAAAGCUCACCGCCUCCCCAGCCCCCUCCUCCCUUCCCGCGUCAGCUUUACCAACCUUCAUUUCAAGCCAUGCUACUGAGCUGUGACCAAAUACCACAUUUCACGACCACUGUCGUUGCACCGGUAAGAGCACUCGCUCCCUUCUCGGUGGCUCUCAAGCAACGCUCCCACCACCAGCUCUGGGCCCCCAGCUGAGAUGCGCAUCGCCACUUUGUUCCAGCUUGGCAUUUUUUUACAGUAUGGUGCAAGUGCAUUGCCUCAGCUUGGCAUUUUUUUACAGUAUGGUGCAAGUGCAUUGCCUCGGCGAAUCGUGCCAUAGUUGGUAAAUGGAGGCAUCAACACGUUCACCAGAAAUUUGAUAAAAAAAUUACUGGCCAACUCGUGAUUUGGGCCUAUUGAAUUGAAUAAAAUAGCCGAACAACCAACAAAAACAGGCUUCACUGCAACGAUUUAUUUCCAUCCGUUUAUCACAUUGCACAGUACCGUUGCUUAUCUUUGUCACCUCCCUAAGCCAGUGGUGGUGAACUCUCCAUGUCCAUGGCAGGAACAAGUCUCUCAAACAAAGUUGACUGCCCACAGAGCGUGUUACUCGUCGACUGUGGAGAGAUGACAAGGUAGAUGUAUUGAGUUGACCUCUGACCAUCACGCAACCCCCAGUGUACAUUACCAAACCCUAAAUAUCUAUAAAUGCAAUGACUGGAGCCUUCAGGAUCUGCAGGUGAAACCUCCGAUCAGGCGACAUUGGUUAAAAUAAAUGGAACACUGCGUGGCUAUAUGUGUGCUCGUAGCACCAAAAAGAGUUUAUAUUACAGAAUAUAAAAACACAAACUCGUUGUAAAAAAACAAUCAUGGUGAGAAAAAAAAGUUAUUUAUCGUUCUGCGUUAAGAAAAUAACCUAAAAAUAUUUGGUGUACAUAUAUUUUAUUUGGAAAUACAUUUUUAUAGGCUAAGACUUUGAUACACACAGCAUAACGUUGCGUUUGUUGGAGGGCGUGCUGUAUAAUGGUGGUUCUGCUGUUUGGUUAUCUAUGCAAGGUAUGAAGGGCAGGGAUUCAGAGUUUUUUUUUGAUGAAUUUCUCAAAUUCAACGUCUGAGACGCAUGCCGAAUAAAGAGUUUUUUUUUCUAAUGAACCUUUCGGUAAAGGGAUUUCUGUUUUUUCUGAAUUGUAUUUGAGAUUUUACAUUUGACUUUUUUGGAAUUGUUCAAUAAGAAUACAUAUACGGUUGUUUCUUCCAGUAAUAAGUAUAGAGGGUUAUUUUUGUUUUAUUUUGUAAUGAAUGGCAUUGACAAGAGUUGGGUCAAUGGGAACACUAUUCGGGAAUAAAACUUGUAUACUGAA